AUGGCCUCCAGGAGAACGAGUUCCCUCCACGGAUCGUCAGGCCUCACCCAGUGGACAGCCUCCCUCUCUCGAGGGGUCCUUCCUUCUAAGGCCAAAGGAGCCUCUCCAGUCCGCAGCCCCAAACUGACCACACCUCAAGAACCUAAUGUCCAGGUGUCCAUGGAUGGGCCGCUGGACCCAGGCGCCCCAGCAGCUGCAGUGGGGAAUGGGUCAGGUGUGUCAGGAGGGUUUGUGUGUGGAGCUGUGUCACUGUGUGCUGUGCUCGGAGCUGGCACCCAGCUGACCAUCCUUGGUCAGCCCAAGGCCGCCCCUCGGGUCACUCUGUUCCUGCCCUCCUCUGAGGAGCUCCAAGCCAACAAGGCCAUAUUGGUGUAUAUCAUGAGUGACUUCUACCUGGGAGCCAUGACAGGGGCCUGGAAGGCAGAUGGCAACCCCGUUACCAAGGAUGUGGAGACCACCAAACCCUCCAAAUAGAACAGGAACAAUUGGGCAGCCGGCAGCUACCUGAACCUGACGCCUGAGCAGUGGAGGUCCCACAGCAGCUACAGCUGCCAUGUCACACACGAGGGGAGCACCAUGAAGAAGACAGUGGCCACUGCGGGAUGUCCUCAGGCCCCCAACCCUGAUCCCACGACAGAUUCCCUCCCACCAAAAGUCAUCCAGCCCUUCUGCCUAUACCCAAUAAACUCUCAGUAA